AUGUGGUAAGGAACAUAUACACACACCCCAUUUCGGGACACCGGGGUAGCACAGAGCUGAUGAUGAGGCAGUGGCAUAUUCGGAUACAUCAACUACCUAGUGGAGAAGGACCGCAAGUACAUUCUCGACACCCUCGUUAAUGGUAAGGCUACCAGCUCCAGCUCCAGCUCCAGCCCCAGUUCCAGUACCCAUGAGCCCACAUCAGCCCUGGCCAUAUACUUACUGCUACUACAGGCCUCGCUCGUCUCGAAUACCGUGGAUACGACUCCGCCGGGCUCGCAGUCGAUGGCGACAAGAAGAACGAGGUCUUCGCCUUCAAGGAGGUCGGCAAGGUCGCCAAGCUCAAGGAGUUGAUCGCGGUCGAGAAGCCCGACCUCACCAAGGUCUUCGACAACCACGCCGGUAUUGCACACACCCGAUGGGCCACCCACGGCCCUCCAUCGCGAGUCAACUGCCACCCGCACAAGUCGGACCCCAAGUGGGAGUUCGCCGUCGUACACAACGGUAUCAUCACCAACUACAAAGAGCUGCGGACACUGCUUGAGAGCAAGGGAUUCAGGUUCGAGACCGAGACGGACACCGAGGCCAUCGCCAAGUUGGCCAAGUACAUCUACGAUGAACACCCAACCAUCGACUUCACCACUCUGGCCAAGGCCGUCAUCAAGGAGCUGCAGGGCGCUUUCGGUCUUCUCCUGAAGAGUGUGCGCUUCCCGGGCGAGGUGGUGGCAGCCCGUAAGGGUUCCCCACUCGUCGUUGGUGUGCGCACCCAGAAGAAGAUGAAGGUGGACUUCGUCGACGUCGAGUUCGGUGAGGGCGGCGAGGUCCUCCCAGCUGAGCAGGCCAGCCAGAACGUUGCCCUGAAGAAGAGCCCCGGCAUGCUUGGCGGCAACCUCCUGGCUCCCCCAGACAAGUCGCUCCUCCACCGCUCGCAGUCCCGUGCCUUCCUGUCCGACGACGGCGUGCCUCAACCCACUGAAUUCUUCCUCUCCUCCGACCCCGCUGCCAUCAUCGAGCACACCAAGAAGGUUCUCUACCUCGAGGACGACGACAUUGCCCACAUCCAUGAGGGCCAGCUCAACAUUCACCGCCUGUCCAAGACCGACGGCACUAGCAAUGUUCGCGCCAUCCAGACGAUCGAGAUUGAGCUGCAGGAGAUCAUGAAGGGCAAGUUCGACCACUUCAUGCAAAAGGAGAUCUUCGAGCAGCCAGAGUCGGUCGUCAAUGCCAUGCGUGGUCGUCUGAACGUGGAGGACAAGACAGUGACCCUCGGUGGUCUCAAGCAAUACCUCAGCACAAUCCGCCGCUGCAGACGUCUGAUCUUCAUCGCCUGCGGUACCUCCUUCCACUCGUGUAUGGCAGUCCGUGGUGCGUUUGAGGAGCUGACGGAGAUCCCCAUCUCCGUCGAGCUGGCAUCAGACUUCCUCGAUCGUCAAGCCCCAGUCUUCCGUGACGACACCUGUGUGUUCGUCUCGCAGUCCGGAGAGACUGCCGACUCUCUCAUGGCCCUCCGCUACUGCUUGGAGCGUGGUGCUCUGACCGUGGGUAUUGUCAACGUGGUCGGUUCCUCCAUCUCGCUUAUGACCCACUGCGGUGUCCACAUCAAUGCCGGGCCUGAGAUUGGUGUCGCAUCCACCAAAGCCUACACCUCGCAAUUCGUCUGCAUGGUCAUGUUCGCACUUUCGCUCUCCGAGGAUCGCGCAAGCAAGCAACAGCGCCGCAUCGAAAUCAUGGAGGGUCUUGGCAGGGUGUCCGACCAGUUCCGCGAGAUCCUCAAGAUGGACCAGGAAAUCAAGAACUUGUGCCUCAAGUUCAAGGACCAGAAGUCGCUGCUCCUGCUCGGCCGCGGCGCACAGCACGCCACUGCAUUGGAGGGUGCGCUGAAGAUCAAGGAAAUCUCCUACCUGCACUGCGAGGCGGUCAUGUCAGGUGAGCUGAAGCACGGCGUGCUUGCUCUUGUCGACGAGAACCUGCCCAUUGUCAUGAUCUUGACACGCGACAACCUCUUCGCCAAGUCGCUCAACGCAUACCAGCAAGUCAUUGCCCGUAAGGGACGACCAAUCGUCAUCUGCAACACGAACGACUCCGAAUUCCCCGGCGAGAAGACCGACAAGAUCGAGGUACCACACACCGUUGACGUUCUGCAAGGUCUGCUCAACGUCGUCCCAUUGCAGCUCAUGGCCUACUGGCUCGCAGUCGCCGAGGGGCUGAACGUCGACUUCCCACGUAACCUGGCCAAGUCCGUCACCGUCGAGUAA